CAGAUCCCCCCCGAAUCUCGUGCACAAAUCAGACAUUCGACUCAGCCAUGGAUAUCUCCCAGCCCGUCGGCUCCGAGGUCUCGUCGGUCGAUUUCGGCGUGUUCUCCACCGCGGAGAUCCGCAAGUUGUCGGCCAAGCAGAUCACCAACCCGGUGGUUUUCGACACUUUGGGCCACACUGUGAACAACGGUCUCUACGACUUGGCGUUGGGCGCGUUUCUCAGAAACCUAUGUACGACCUGCGGGCUCGACGAGCGCUUCUGCCCGGGCCACCAGGGCCACAUCGAGUUGCCGGUGCCGGUGUACAACCCCUUGUUCUUCAACCAGAUGUACUCGUUCUUGAGGGCAUCGUGUCUCUACUGCCACCACCUCAAGUUGGGCGAGUUGGAGACACACGCGUUUGCGCAGAAGUUGCGCUUGAUCCAGUACGGCUUGCUUUUGGAGGCGCAGCAGUUUGACGCCAUGGUGGCCAAGGACUCGUCCAGCGACGACCUGGAGGGGGCGGGCGGCCCCGCGGCGCUAGACGCCGAGGCACGCGCCGCGUUGAAACACAAAAGAGACGUGUUUGUGGACUCGGCCGUCGGCGCCGCGUUGGCCGAGGGCCGCACCUCGCCGCACGGCUUGGUCACGGAGAUUGUCGGCGAGGAGCGCAAGAACACCAUCCACACGUUCUACGCGCGGAUCCUCACGCGCCCCAAGUGCGAGCGUUGCGGCAUGGUGUCGCCCACGUUCCGCAAGGACGGCUUUGUCAAGAUCUUCGAGAACGCGUUGCGCGACAAGCAGGUGUCGGCCAACCGCAUCAAGGGCAUCAUGCGCCCCGACAUGCUUCGCCAGGCCAGCGCCAGCGCCGGCUCUGCGGGCGAGAACAUCCCCAGCUUCAAGCCCGUGCAGGGCUCCAAGUACAUCUUGUCCACGGAGGUGCGCAACAUCUUGCGCGCCGUGUUCGCCAACGAGCAGGCCGUGAUGCAGAUGGUGUUCCACUCGCGGCCGCAGCUGACGGCGCCCGUAUCCGCCGACAUGUUCUUCAUGCAGGCGUUGAUCGUGCCGCCCACCCGCUUCCGCUUGCCGUCCAAGUUGGGCGACGAGAUCCACGAGAACGCGCAGAACGAGCUCUUGCUGGCCGUGUUGAAGACGUCGCUCCUCAUCAAGGACUUGAACGACCAGAUCGCGGGCCACCUCGGCAAGCAGAAGGCGCUGGGCCUCGAGGAGCGCAAGCUCUUGUUCAACCGCUUGAUGAACGCGUUCGUCACGAUCCAGAACGACGUCAACGCGUUCAUCGACUCCACGAAGAACCAGAACACCGCCGCGGGCAAGAUCCCCAUCCCGGGCAUCAAGCAGGCCUUGGAGAAGAAGGAGGGCUUGUUCCGCAAGAACAUGAUGGGCAAGCGUGUCAACUACGCCGCGCGGUCCGUCAUCUCCCCGGACCCCAACUUGGAGACCAACGAGAUCGGCGUGCCGCCCGUGUUCGCCGUCAAGUUGACCUACCCGGAGCCCGUGACGGCCUACAACGUCAACGAGUUGAGGCAGGCCGUGAUCAACGGGCCGGACAAGUGGCCGGGCGCCACCCAGGUGCAGAACGAGGACGGCUCCAUGGUGUCCUUGCUCGGCAUGACCGUGGAGCUGCGCAAGACCUUGGCCCAGCAGUUGUUGACGCCCUCGGGCGGCGCGUCCGUGGUCAACAAGAAGGUGUACCGCCACAUCAAAAACAAGGACGUGGUGAUCAUGAACCGUCAGCCCACGUUGCACAAGGCCUCCAUGAUGGGCCACAAGGUGCGCGUGUUGCCCGGCGAGAAGACCUUGCGCUUGCACUACGCCAACACCGGUGCCUACAACGCUGAUUUCGACGGCGACGAGAUGAACAUGCACUUCCCGCAGAACGAGAACGCCAAGGCAGAGGCCCUCAACUUGGCCAACACGGACUCGCAGUACUUGACGCCCACCUCCGGCGCGCCCUUGAGAGGCUUGAUCCAGGACCACAUCAGUGCCGGCGUCUGGUUGACCAGCAAGGACACGUUCUUCAACAGGGAAACAUACCAGCAGUUGAUCUACGGCUGCAUCCGCCCGGAGGACGGCCACACCAACGGCGCCGCCAAGAUCCUCACCGUGCCCCCCACCGUGUUCAAGCCCGAGCCCUUGUGGACGGGCAAGCAGAUCAUCACCACCAUCUUGCUCAACAUCAAGCCGCAUGGCGUGGCCGGCGUCAACUUGGUCUCCAAGAACAAGGUCAAAAACGACUACUGGGGCAAGGGCUCCGAGGAGAACACAGUGCUCUUCAGAAACGGCGAGCUUUUGUGCGGCAUUCUCGACAAGUCCCAGUACGGAGCCUCGCAGUACGGUAUCGUGCACUCGUUGCACGAGGUGUACGGGCCAGACACCGCCAGCAAGGCGCUUUCCGUGUUGGGCCGGCUCUUCACCAACUACACCAUGAUGGCCGCGUUCACCUGUGGAAUGGACGACUUGCGUUUGACCGCCGAGGGCAAUGCCUGGAGAAACGAGAUCUUGAAGCAGUCUGUCGACAUCGGCAGGGCCGCUGCCUGCGAGGUGACCAACUUGGACACCGAGACCCCCAGCGGCAACAAGGAGUUGUUGAAGCGGUUGCAGGAGAUCUUGAGAGACGACAACAAGUUGGGCAUUUUGGACGCCAUCACUCAGUCGAAGGUCAAUUCCAUCACGUCCCAGGUCGUCAACAAGUGUGUGCCCGACGGCACCAUGAAGAGAUUCCCAUACAACAGUAUGCAAGCCAUGGCUCUUUCGGGAGCCAAGGGUUCCGGUGUCAACGUGUCGCAGAUCAUGUGUCUUUUGGGCCAGCAGGCUUUGGAGGGCAGAAGAGUGCCGGUUAUGGUCAGCGGAAAGACGUUGCCCUCUUUCAAGCCCUUCGAGACCGACGCACGUGCUGGAGGCUACAUCAAGGGCCGUUUCUACUCCGGUAUUCGGCCACAGGAAUACUACUUCCAUUGUAUGGCCGGUAGAGAAGGUUUGAUCGAUACCGCCGUCAAGACGUCCAGAUCCGGAUACUUGCAAAGAUGUUUGACCAAGCAGUUGGAGGGAAUCCACAUUGCCUACGACAACUCGGUGAGAGACUGUGACGGGUCCAUGAUCCAGGUCCUCUAUGGAGGUGACGCUGUGGACACCACGAAGGAGUCGCACAUGACGCAGUUUAAGUUCUGUCUCGACAACUACGACGCCAUGUUGAGCAAAUACAACCCCGGGGAAAUCACCGAGCACUUGGACACGCUGACGGCGUUGUCGUAUAACAAGAAGGAGCGCAAGAGCUACAAGAAACAAGCUAAGUUGCCGCAUUUCGAGCAGAAUCCAAAGUACGAUCCAGUGUUGUCCGUCUACAACCCAUCAAAGUACUUGGGCUCGGUCUCGGAGAAGUUCCAGGACAAGCUCGAUGACUUUGUCAAGGAAAACCCUGACAUGUUCACCAAGCACCUGAGCGACGGAAUCACAGAGAAGAAGUUCAGGGCGUUGAUGCAGUUGAAGUACAUGAGAUCGUUGGUCAAUCCCGGCGAGUCCGUUGGUAUUGUGGCUGCACAAUCCAUUGGUGAGCCUUCCACGCAGAUGACGUUGAACACAUUCCACUUUGCUGGUCACGGUGCUGCGAAUGUCACGUUGGGUAUCCCCAGAAUGAGAGAGAUCAUCAUGACGGCGUCUGCUUCCAUCAAGACGCCGCAAAUGACCUUGCCUAUUUUGCCUGACGUGACCGACGAGAUGGCGGACUCCUUCUGUAAGUCUGUGGCCAAGGUCUGCUUCAGUGAGUUUAUUGACAAGGUUACUGUUACUGAGAAGACUGGUGUUGUCAACGACACGCCCUACAGAUCGUACAAGGUCAAGAUGCGCUUCUUUAACAAGAAGGAGUACGAGGAAGAGUACGACAUUUCGUCAACACAAUUGCAGAGCGCGAUCAGCAAGACUUUCUUGCGCAAGUUGGAGCUUGCCAUCUCCAAGGAGCUCAAAAAGCAAACCAGAUCCGACACGCUCCCUUCUAUUGGUAAGGGCGUGCCUAAGACCCAGAAGGAAGCACCUGUCUCCAAGAACGUUCUGAAGGAGGAAGACUCGGACGAUGAAGACGAGGAUGACGUCAAAAAUGAAGGCAACGGCAAGCAGCCAGUGUCAUACGACGGUCCUGAUGACGAGGAAGUCGAGAGCAUGAGAAAGGCCGAGGAGACCUCUGACGAAGAAAUGGAGGGCUCCGACUCUGGCAGCUCCGAUUCUGACGAAGAAUCCGACAGCUCAGAGGAAGACUCGGAUGACGAGAAUAUGAUCGAUGACGAGGCCUGCGAAUCAAAGAGGCCAGCCAAAACUUUGUCCAAGGCUGCCAAGGGCAGACAGGACGACGUGGUCUCGAACCAUCACUUGAUCAAGGCAUACGACUUCGACGAUGAGAACGGCGAGUGGUGUGAGUUUGAGGUCGAGCUUUUGGGCGACAUCCAAAAGUUGUUGAUGGUCAACAUCAUCGAGGACUUGUGCCGCGUGACCGUGGUCAGAGAAAUCAAGAACAUCGGUAGAUGUGUGCGCCCACAAGCUGACGGCAGCGCCAAGUCCCUCACCACUGAGGGUGUCAACUUCAAGGCCAUGUGGGAGCAAGACGAUUUCAUCGAUGUCAAUGGAAUCCGCUCGAACGACAUUAGUGCCGUGUUGAAUACUUACGGUGUGGAGGCUGCGAGAAACACCAUUGUCAAUGAGGUCAGCAACGUUUUCUCCACAUAUGCUAUCACAGUCUCGACUCGUCAUUUGGACUUGAUCGCCGACAUGAUGACCAGAGAAGGCACGUAUCUCGCGUUCAACAGACAGGGCAUUGACUCGUCCACGUCUGCUUUCAAGAAAAUGUCGUACGAAACCACGUGUCAGUUUUUGACCAAGGCCGUGCUUGACGGUGACAGAGAGGACUUGGACUCGCCCUCGGCUAGAAUUGUGUUGGGUAAGUUGAACGGUGUUGGCACUGGGUCGUUUGAUGUCAUGGCCAAGAUGCAGAACGGCUGCUCUGAAUGAACAUCGGGACAGAGGUCCGCCACAUGAAGCGGGAUUGUACAUAUAGACUUGGCAACAAAACAUUGAGUGAAUCUACUUUUAUUGAGUAACUAUGCAUGCUCAUGCAUUGUAGGCAGCAAGCAAGAACGUGGCCAUGAACGAGAGCUUGAAGCUGGGUCUGUUGAAAAACAAGGUCUUCAAGUCCAACUUCUUGCCGCCUAUGCUCAACACGGAAGUCCAAGGAAUGGAGAUGAUGCCCCGGUUCUCCAAAAACUGCAAGAGCAAAUAACUAGAAAGAGAUAAGAAUACAAUGGCCGUCGAGAGCUUGCCAAUGACGAUCCCCAAAAAAAGCCCGGUGAUGGACCCGAUACUUAAGUCCGAAUAGUCAAGCUUG